AUGUACAGCAUCACACACGGUUUGCCUUACCUGGCAGUGCUGCUGGUGGCGGUGGUGGGCAACCAGAUCCUGGAUAAAUGUUUGUCCUCCACACCCAACUACACCAUGAACGUGGUGCUGCUGGAGGACGACACCUACGAGUGGAGUCUGCGCUACGUGCAGGCGGCCGUGCUGCGAGCCAUCGAGAUCGACAAGAAACGGAACAGCGCCUCAGGUUUAAACUUCACUUUGACGGCUAAUUUCUACGGGUUCAACACGGCGCUGUACAACCGGCAGGGCUGUGGCAGCAGCACCUGUGAGGGAGUGGCCAUCAUCAAACAGCUUCAUGAUCUUAAAGAGGUGGGAUGCGUCAUGCUGGGGCCUUCCUGCACAUACGCCACCUUCCAGUUGGUGGAUGAGGAAAUCGGCCUGAAACUGAGCAUUCCUGUCAUCUCCGCCGGGAGCUUCGGUCUGUCAUGCGACUACAAGGCCAAACUGACCCGCAUCCUGCCUCCGGCCCGCAAGAUUGCAGAUUUUUUCAUCCACUUCUUGAAAGAAAGAUACAUUUUUAAGCCAGCGUGGAAUAAGGUUUAUGUCCACAGGAAGUCCAACAACACUGAGACAACUGAGGACUGCUUCUGGUACAUAAACGCGUUGGAGGCGCCGUCUUCCAGCUUUGCCUCAUCGACCAACAGGACGAUGCUGCGUGGGGAGGAAGAACUUUUUGGAGCCCUCAUUUCUGACACCCGAGAAAGCAACAUUUUCAUCCUGUGCGGGACCAUUAAGGACAUUGAUAGAAUAAAGAAAACAGUAGACAUCGACGAGGACAUCGUGUUCAUUCUCCUUGACAUUUACAACCCUGAGUACUAUGUCAACACAACAUCCAGCACUUUGAUGGAGGACGUCCUGGUGGUCACUCUGCCGCAGAGGAACUACGACUACGAGUCAGAGUUACCCUACAACGACACAAUAAACGACUAUGUGGCCGGGUAUCAUGAUGGGGCUCUGCUGUUUGGCCACGUGCUGAGGCAGAGGAUGCUCAACCCAAACGCUACUUCUACGGCCCCUGAGGAUAACCCAUUUGGGAACGCCUCCUUUGAUGGUAUGGGAGGACAUUAUGAGCUCGAUGAGCACGGGGACAGGGACGUCAACUUCUCUGUGAUCUACACAUCAAAGCUCAGUGGCAAGUACGAAACCCUGUUUGUGUUUGACACGUCUCAGAACAAAACCACAGUGAUCGAGUCAAACCCCGCCCUUCACUGGGAAGACGGGAAACUGCCAGAAGCCAUACCAUAUAAUCGCAAUGGCCUGACCCUGCAGGACAUCAUUGUGAUAGUUCUCAGCAUCAGCGUGGUAGUGGUAACAGCCAUCGCUCUCAUCUUCUACAGGCAGAACAGGAAGGAGCGGCAGAUGCAGAAGAGGUGGUCGCACCUGAACCCAGACCUGAUUGGACCGCUGGAUGAGAGGGAGGUUUCUCUGAAGAUUGAUGAGGAUAAGAGGAAGGACAGCACAUACCACAUUCAUCGGGGCCGCUAUGACAAAAAGCCUGUGAUCCUGAAAGAGCUGAAACACACGGAUGGAAACUUCAGUGAGAACCAGAAGAUUGAGCUCAACACCCUCCUGCGCAUCGAUUACUACAACCUGACCAAGUUCUACGGCACGGUGAAGUUUGAGUAUGGCGUGUUCGGGGUGUUUGAGCUCUGUGAGAGGGGCUCCCUCAGGCACGUUCUUAAUGAUAGGAUCUCGUAUCCUGAUGAAACUUUCAUGGACAUGGAAUUCAAGAUAUCAGUCAUGUAUGACAUUGCAAAGGGCAUGUCGUAUCUCCACUCCAGUAACAUUGAGGCCCACGGUCGCCUCAAGUCCACCAACUGUCUGGUCGACAACCGCAUGGUGGUGAAGAUCACCGACUUUGGCUGCCACACCAUCCUCAGCCCAGGCAGAGAUGUGUGGACGGCCCCGGAGCAUCUCCGUAAAGAUGGCUUUUCUCAAAAAGGCGAUGUCUACAGCUACAGCAUCAUCGCCCAUGAGAUUGUCCUGAGGCAGGCGCCCUUUUAUACCAAGUCCUGCUCGAACCGUUCAGAGAAGAUAUACAGAGUGCAGUAUCCCAGCGGGAUGAGCGUCUUCAGACCUGAUCUCAACUUUGACAGCGCAUCAGACACUGAGGUAGAGGUGUACACACUGAUAAAGUCCUGCUGGGAUGAAGAUCCAGAGCGGAGGCCAGAUUUUAAGAAGAUAGAGGGAACUCUCGGAAAGAUAUUCAGCAACCUGCACAACCAGGCCAGCGAGACAUACAUGGACAAUCUGAUCCGUCGUCUGCAGAUGUACUCCAGAAACCUGGAGCAUCUGGUGGAGGAGAGAACCUCUCUGUACAAAGCUGAGAGGGACAGAGCCGAUCAGCUCAACUUCAUGUUACUGCCUGGGCCUGUGGUGCGUUCGCUGAAGGAGACGGGCCGAGUGAAGCCUGAGCUGUUUGAGGAGGUCACCAUCUAUUUCAGCGACAUCGUGGGCUUCACCACCCUGUGCCACUACAGCACGCCCAUGCAGGUGGUCAACAUGCUCAACAGCAUCUACAAGAACUUCGACAGCAUCCUCGACCACCACGAUGUCUAUAAGGUUGAGACAAUAGGAGAUGCGUACAUGGUUGCGUCAGGGUUGCCCAAACGGAACGGGAACUGGCAUGCGGUUGACAUCGCCCACAUGGCCCUGGAUAUCUUGGCGUUUGUAGGGACGUUCCAGCUGCAGCACCUGCCGGGCAUCCCUCUGUGGAUCCGCAUCGGGGUGCACUCAGGGCCAUGUGCAGCCGGAGUGGUGGGGAACAAGAUGCCUCGCUACUGUCUGUUCGGAGACACGGUCAACACGGCGUCGCGCAUGGAGUCCACAGGCCUGCCACUGAGAAUUCACGUCAGCCAGUCCACCAUCGACAUCCUGCAGAGGACAGACUGCAAGUUUGAGUAUGAACAGAGAGGGGAGACCUACCUGAAGGGUAAAGGCAAAGAGAUGACAUACUGGUUAACAGGGGUGACGGGGACAGAGUACAACCUGCCAACACCACCGACAGCGGAGAACUUCCAGCGGCUGCAGCAGGACCUGGCGGAGAAGAUCGUGUCCUGCCUGGAGAACUGCAGGGACGGCAGCGAGGGCCCCCUCCACAGGAAGAGCCUGUCCACCAAAGUGAGACGGAGGGAGACCAACAGCAGCCUGCCAGAGUACUUCCACCUGGCCGUCACUGACAGCCCCAGCACCUACCUGUGA